AUGAAGCUGCUGAGUGUCCUGAUUAGGGCAUCUGCAGUAGGGGCUCUAGCAGCUUCCACAAGCGAUGUGACUAAAUUAUCCUCCUUUGCGCAGCGCCUCGGGCUGUCCACUGCCGAUACCCGUACCCUGGCGGCGCAGUAUGCAAAGGCUGGGGACCCCGUUGCUAUUCUGAACAUUGCGUGUUUGACUGCCCAGGGCGUUCUUGGCACCGAGAAUGUCGAUACAUCGCCCCUCAAUCAGACUACCGUGGAAGUGAAUUGGUCCGAAUCAUGCGUCGCAGAGCCCUACUGCAUCAUUCAGCCUAGGGAAGCCCAGGAUAUAUCCACCGCGGUCAAAUUCAUCAAUUUCUUUCAGUUGAAAUUUGCAGUGCGCAGUGGCGGACACUCGCCGAACCCCGGCUGGUCGAGUGUCGGUAGCCAAGGUAUCCUGCUCGAUUUGUCUUGA